GCGGAAGUCACCGGAGGCCGCAUUUGGCUGUUGCACUUCUGCGGCCGGAGGCGGAGCGGAGAGCACCGACUUCCGGCUAGUGCCUCGAGUAGAUGGCCGCGGAGGCUUUGCAGAGGCUGUAGACCGACCCCCCCACCCCAGGCCAGCCGAGCGUCCGCUCCGAGGGGACAGCUGUCCCUCAGUGAAUAAAUAGGACCAUGAUGUUGACAAAAUUAAGGAAAUUUAUAGUGAAUCGACAGAAAGUAUCCAGUUGGCAUGUUAAUCACAUGUGUUCCUGUAGAACAGGAAUGAUUUUAAAGGGAUUAAUAUCACAAGCUUUUCUCAGAAGGAAUUAUAGUUCCUUACCAGAAAAUGAUAUCAAAUCUCUACGCUCCAUCAUCAACCCUCCUAUGACUAAAAUUCGUAACAUUGGAAUUAUGGCUCAUAUUGAUGCAGGCAAAACAACAACCACAGAGAGAAUAUUGUAUUAUUCUGGAUACACCAGAUCUUUAGGAGAUGUUGAUGAUGGGGACACAGUGACGGAUUUCAUGGCCCAAGAGCGAGAAAGAGGCAUUACCAUUCAGUCAGCUGCUGUUACAUUUGAUUGGAAGGGGUAUAGAGUUAAUCUAAUUGAUACACCAGGUCAUGUGGACUUCACUUUAGAAGUUGAACGCUGUCUAAGAGUAUUGGAUGGUGCAGUAGCUGUAUUUGAUGCUUCAGCAGGUGUAGAGGCACAGACUCUGACAGUAUGGAGACAAGCUGAUAAACACCAUGUGCCUCGAAUCUGUUUUUUAAAUAAGAUGGACAAAACUGGAGCAAGUUUUAACUGUGCUAUUGAUAGCAUAAGAGAGAAGCUGAAGACAAAACCUUUGCUUUUACAGUUGCCAAUUGGUGAAGCAAAAGCUUUCAGAGGACUAGUUGAUGUUGUGACUAUGGAAAAAGUGAUUUGGACCCCUGUAUCUAAUUCUGAUGAUGGAAAACAGUUUGUGAGAGAGCCCCUUACAGAACUGAAUGAUCCUGAAUUGCUCACGGAGGCUAAGGAAGCAAGAAAUGCCUUAAUUGAACAAGUUGCAGAUCUGGAUGAUGAGUUUGCUGACCUAGUUUUAGGGGAGUUUAUUGAAAAUUUUGAUUUGUUACCAGCUGAAAAGUUACACCCUGCAAUACGUAGAGUAACUAUGACUCAGAGAGCUGUUCCUGUGCUCUGUGGAAGUGCCCUGAAGAAUAAAGGGGUGCAGCCUUUAUUAGAUGCCAUUACCAUGUAUCUGCCUUCUCCUGAUGAACGCAACAGUGAAUUUCUGCAGUGGUAUAAAGAUGACUUGUGUGGCUUGGCAUUUAAAGUUCUCCAUGACAAACAGCGUGGGCCUCUAGUUUUCGUGCGCAUUUAUUCUGGUACAAUGAAACCCCAAUCAGCUGUCCAUAACAUUAAUGGAAACUGCACAGAGAGAAUAAGCCGGUUACUAUUACCUUUUGCUGACCAGCAUAUAGAAAUUCCUUCUCUGACAGCAGGCAAUAUUGCCCUAGCUGUAGGACUUAAACAGACUUCCACUGGGGAUACCAUCGUUUCAUCCAAGGCCUCAGCAUUGGCUGCAGCCCGUCGAGCUGGAAGGAAUGAAGGAAAGAUACAUAGAAAAAACAUGGAGACAGAGAGCCUUUUAUUGGCAGGGGUAGAGAUUCCAGAACCUGUCUUCUUUUGUACCAUAGAGCCCCCUUCAGUAGGCAAACAGCCAGAACUAGAUCGAGCAUUGAACUGCCUUCAGCGAGAAGAUCCCAGUUUAAAAGUGCGGUUAGAUCCUGACUCUGGACAAACUGUUCUCUGUGGUAUGGGGGAGCUGCACAUUGAGAUCAUUAAUGAUCGCAUCAAGAGGGAAUAUGGAGUUGAGACCUUUCUUGGUCCUCUACAAAUAGCAUAUAGAGAAACCAUCCUAAACUCAGGCCGUGCCACAGAUACAUUGGAUAGAACUUUAGGAGAGAAAAGACAUUCAGUGACUGUGGAACUGGAAGUGAGACCGUGUGCAAGAGAAAAAUCUGAAGUAGUUCCUGUUAUUGAGUAUGCUGAAAAUAUCAGGGAGGAGCUUCUGCAAGAGUUUCAAGAAGCCAUUGAAAAUGGAAUUCGUAGUGCAUACCUGCAAGGACCAUUGCUUGGAUUCCCAGUUCAGGAUGUUGCAGUUACUCUGUGUUCACUGACACUUCACCCUGGCACCUCUACAACAGUGGUUUCGGCCUGUGUCUCCCGUUGUGUGCAAAAGGCUCUAAAGAAAGCUGACCAGCAAGUUCUGGAACCCCUAAUGAAUCUGGAAGUUACAGUGACUGGAGACUAUCUCAGUUCUAUCCUAGCUGAUCUCGCGCAGAGAAGAGGCAGCAUUCAGGAAAUCCAGAGUCGUCAGGAUAACAAAGUUGUUGUUGGAUCGGUUCCCUUAGCAGAGAUGAUGGGUUAUUCAACUGUGCUCCGAACUUUGUCAUCUGGGACGGCAACUUUUGCUCUAGAGCUGUCUAAUUAUCAAGCUAUGAACCUUCAGGACCAAAAUGCCUUGCUAAGUAGAAGGAGUGGACUGGCCUGAUCACUGACUAAGAGUCACAUUCUCUUAGUGAAGUCUCUUCAUUGUAUGAAGAUCCACAUUAAUGACUUUUCCUGAGAAGGGAGUUACUCAUCUUCGUUUGUGACAUGAAACGUGAGCUGUCAUGUUAUACUUAGUACAUUGGCUCUGUCGGAUGCACUUGUUGGCUACUGGGGCCUUGCAGUUACUGAUGAUCAUUUUAAUUGUUUUAAGUAGUCAGAGCUAAGAGUUCUGUUCCUCAGAAGGUAAGUGGGCAAAGCCUACGUACAGUUUUCAAAGGAAGAAUUACCAACUGUUAAUGACUCCAAAUCACUAAUAACAAAAUGGCAAACUAAAAUAAGUCUGAAGUUUCACCUCACGCCCUAAAAAUUGGCACAUAUCCUAAUCCAUUUUGGAGGGACUUUGAGACACCAGAUAGACAUAUUAAUACACUGUUGAUAAAGCUGUGAACUACUCCAGUCAUUUUGGAAAACAAUGGAAAUUUGUACAAGAAAAGUGACUAAACUGUUCGUUACCUUUGACUUAUUUAUCCCCCUACUGGUAUAGCAAGAAGGCCAUAUGUAGAAAUAGAGUUUCAGUUUAUACCAAAAUGCUCCAGGAAGCAGAUUUGUUGUAGGGAAGAACUGGAAACAAAGUAGGUGCCCAUCAGUGGUGAAAUGACUGAACUGUGGAAUGGGAAUGGGAUGGAAAUGUGCAGCCAGAAAUGACUAAUCUCAAGAAUGUGGAGUCACGUGGGAAGUUCUAAAUGAACUGAUACAGGGGUGAAAUAAGCAGCCCCUACAACGUUUCUUUAUUUUUUUUAAAUUUUAUUAAUUUAUUUUGAUUUAUCAACAAUCACUUCCAUAUGCUUUUGAGUUUAAAAUUUUUCUCCCCCUUCCUCCCCACCACCCUCCCCAGAAUGGCGCACAGUCUCAUAUAGGAUAUACAUUUACGUUCCAAUUAAACAUAUUUUCACAUUAGUGGUGUAAGUAAAAAUUAAAACCAAUAGGAGCAACCAUCAGAAAGAGGAA